UCUGCUCGAAACUCGCUGUUUCGCUCAAAUCGGUACUGCUUUUAACUUUAGGCUUUACGUUUCAGCGUACCGCCGAGGGCAGUUUUACGUAUUCAAACGCCACCGCAUAGCAGAGCUGGAUCGACUGACGUGAAACAUUGAAGUACUUGAAUCGGGCGUCGUCUAACAAAACAGUAUUUCACGGUGGUGUUCUACGCGUUCCGGCAGCACUAACGGAGCUCUUGCUUUUGGAUGACAUCUGGAAGGUGUAGAGCUGAUGUCGAAUAGCGGUCAAGAUGCAGUCACAUCAAACGAAUUUGAUGCCUAAGACAUCACUUUCCGCACCGACGCCGACACCAUGACGAGGUCGUGAGCGUUGAUGAAGAUCAAGGAGAAUUAUGAAGCAUUGUGAUGACAGGCAGCUCUUCCAGGAUCAGCGAAAGUGGAAACUGAAAUGCGCUGCUUUUGUGUGACACCCAAGUCAGAAUGUGACGAAGAGCUGCCGGAAACGCAACAACUGUAUAGACUGCGGUCUUAUUUUUAAAGUGUAGUUAUCGUUCUAUCACCUAUACAGAACAAGCAAUGCUGGAAAGCAGACAUGUACUAAAUUUUCCUCUAGUGGGAGUUAUUUACAACCCAAAAUAUGUUUUACGGCAAGGUGUAGCCGGAGAAACAACAGCGACUGAUUCUAAAUGAAGUGCGAGGUGCUACAGUUGUGACGUAUGUGUCGCGAUGCGCCCUCGUUCUGCGAUGCUGGUGGUGCUUCUGACUCUGCAGGCGUUAGGCCGGACAGCUGGGCAACAGGCGAACCACAGCAUUAGCGCCCGGGGGACCUCUGGCCUCAUAUCCGGUCUUGCGCAGUUCAAGCGGCAGUGGGCGCACCAGAAGCUAGCCAGGCUGCUGAGCCUGCUGACGGUGGUGCGGUUCCACAACGGUCCCUGCGUGACGCCGCACGGCGUGGCGGGCACGUGCUACCACCGCCUCGAGUGCGCCAGCAGGGGCGGCGCCGCCGGCGGACACUGCGCGCGCGGCUUCGGCGUCUGCUGCUACUUUGUGAGGACAUGUGGCCAGCAAAGCGACCAAAAUUGUACAUAUUUUGUAAAUCCAGGAUUUCCAGCGGCUUAUGUGAACGGGCAGCCUUCUGAAUGCGUUCUGACCAUUAGCAAGCGCAGUCCGAAGGUUACUCAGCUGCGGCUGGAUUUCAAGAUAUUUGAGUUAGAAGCACCUAGAAAUGGGACAUGUACUGUGGAUCAGUUCACAGUCAGUGGUCAGAACAGAAACAGCAUCAUUCCAGUCCUGUGUGGGAAUAAUACUGGCAACCACAUAUACAUGGACGUUGACAGCUCUAACGGUCCAUUUCAGCUGUCAGUAUCACAAGGUGGAGGAAACUUUCCACGGCGAUUCAAGAUAAAAGUAACUCAAUUAAGACCAGGAGACCGUCUGGAGAGCCCACGGAACUGCCUUCAAUAUUAUGUUGGUGUCAGAGGGUCUUUCCACAGUUUCAAUUAUGAGGGACCAAAUGCUGGGUAUUUGAACAACUUAAACUAUGCUAUUUGUAUACGCAAGGAAGCUGGCUACUGUAGCAUAACAUACACAAAUGAAGAUGUGUUCCAGCUAGUCAAUGUGGAUGAGGAUGGAGAACCAACAGUCCCUCCUGGUCAAGCUGGUGCUGGUGCAGUCAGCUGUACUGAUGAUUACAUAAUUGUGACAGGCUUGGGUCUUCGAUUAUGUGGGGAUCGCCUCAAUGAUGCAUCUGUGAAUAUUGACUUCACACAGGAUGCUCCAGUCACAGAUACAUCCAAUGGUCCAUUUAUAGUGGGUGUUCGCACAAACAAUGAAGUUACUGGCCGUGGCUUCCAUCUGAUGUACCGACAAAAUAUCUGCGGAAUGACUUGAUAUAUUUAUUGAAAUGCAACUGUGAAUUGCACUAUCAGUUACUGUAAACUUGAUAAUAUUAACAAGUGCAUUCAAAAUGCAUUCAAACAU